UUCCUUAGUAAUAUUGUGGAUUUACCAUCACUAAAAUGAUUCAAGACGCAUAACAAAGUAUUGUGCACAUUCUCUUCGGCAAUAAACCAAUGCCCUUUUGCCGAUAAACGUGUAGCGCUCUGUUGCUUUCCAACGCUGCACCAUAAACUUAGCGAGUUCCAUCAACUUUGACUUUGACAAACGGAGGCGAAAAUCAUAUCCAAAACAGAUUUUCCCACAUCAAAAGAUAGAACUCUACAUCUUGCGAAUAGGUGUGCUUGCAAUCGAAACACAAUAAUGAAUUACCUCAGCAAGAGCAAUGCGGCGGCAAGAAGUAUAUGGUUUUUGAAAUCAUUAUGUACAGAGGGUACGCCGGCAACUGCAACGAGGUGUUAUUCAACCAAGCUGGCUCCAGCAUCAGCAUCUGCACCGAAAGCAACCUCCGCCAGUGGCAAUGCUCCGACCGAACGCAAAUCUAUAAUCCCGCCCAACUAUAGAUAUGUGUAUCAGGAGUUUCUGCCGGAUCCAAAAGUCGAAUGGCGUAACUCGGUGCGCGAGAAACUCGAGCGCAAGGAUAUGUUGGACAGACGCGCCAACAUCGACAUUCCGGAGUUUUACGUAGGAUCCGUGGUUGCCGUCACUUCGUCAGACCCGCAUGCGGAAAACAAAACGGCGCGUUUCGUAGGUAUCUGCAUCCUGAGGGAGAAAUGUGGUUUACGGGCGAGGUUCAUUUUGCGCAACGUUAUCGAUCAUCAGGGUAUAGAGAUUAGUUACGAUCUGUACGAUCCUACGUUGCAAAAGAUCGAGGUGCUACGGCUAGAGAAGCGAUUGGAUGACAAUUUGCUCUAUUUGCGCGAUGCACUGGACGAAUACAGCACGUUUGACGUAAACAUGGAACCGGAAAUCUUGCCCGAAGGGUCUCCGGUGCCCGUAAAUGAUGUGAAGGUGGUGCUCAAACCAAGGCCGUGGUAUGCUCGCUGGGAAAGACACAACCUGCAGGGGGUGGCCAACAUAGAAGAGCACACAAAUGAACGAAGACGGCGAAAGGCGGAAGCAGUUGCAACGCCGUGGGAGAAGUACGACCUCAUGAAAGAGUAUCGUCGCUCUAUACCGGAAGAGGAACAGAAAGAGAUUUUCACCGAAAUCUAUUCGCAGCUCCAUUCGCUAGAGCUAGCAAGGAAAAAGAUGAAACGGAAGCGCACGUUUGUGAAACCUACCAAGCUUGCAUAAUUUCUCGUUCAUUUAGCUUGCAUGUGCGUGCACUGGCAGUUGAAGAAAUGUAGAGUAUAGCCAUAGAGAAUAAAACACAACGGAUGAUUGAUUACGAAA